UAUUUACCUUAAAAAAAAUGGGAAAGUAGUACAGUUCUUUAGUAAAACCUUUUACGAAUAUGAUUAUUUUCCUCUAAACCUGUAGGUUUUUAAGGCCCCAACUCCAUGCUAUUUUUUGGCUACUAAUCCCAGACCAUGUCCUUUAAAGAAUUUCAGGUAGCAAAGCACCUAAAGGGGUGGCUGUUUUUCUAGAACAAAGUGAGAGUUUUGGAAUGAAAUACAUUCCACACACAAAAUAAUGACCAUUUUAAGGUAUUCCCUGGACCUGUAAUUUGCUAAAGUGAAUGCAUUCUCAAGCCUGGUGAGACCCCCCACCCACCAUGCAGAACUACAGCUAAUGUCCUGUGUCUGGGGUCUCAUCCAGCUGGGCUCUACCCUCUGGCUGAACCUGUUGCCGAGCAGAAACACUUUGUGUGAGCCUGUUCAGUUCAGAGCUUUAGGUUCUGCUUUCUGGCCGUGAGAAUUGUUGUAUAAAGAACUUGUGGGAGGGAAUUCCCUGGCAGUCUAGUGGUUAGGACCCCACGCUUCCAAGCCCAGCGGCAUGGCCAUAAAUAAAGAAAGAAGGAAUAGGAGAGGGUGCUUAGGGUUUAAAAAAAAAAAAAACCUGUGGGAGAGAGAAUAGCAAUGCAGAGGGAUAAAGAGUGCUAGUCUUUUGAUCUUUUAAAGAAGACCUACAGGCUGGUUUCUUUACUAUUGAUUGGGAAAUACCUGAUUUUGUUUUUAAAGCUCUGUGCUCUCAUUUGUAUCACGUGUUCGCAAAGAGUACAUUCUGAAUCGUUUUCCUUUCCUCUUGCAGCAAGUGCUCAGAUAUUAAACACACACACACACACAUUCAAAAGAGGAAACAGUCGGAUAGGAACUCAGAAAUCAUGUGACUGAUGACUAAGUUAAAUUUUUUCUACUUAUUAAAAAGGAAGAGUCUGAUGAUUAGUUACUGACUGUCCUUGCAUUUUUAAAGUUUUGAAGAUCCUGAAUCAUGUUCCCAUUUAUGCUUUUUUCCGCCCUGUUUUCUUCCACAUUUACUGAACCUGGAGAGAAACGCUGGAUCUGUAACUCCUCUGACACAAGUGUUUGGUACUCCUACUGUGAUAACUUGAAAUUCCCUAUUUCAAUAAAUGCCGAGCCCUGUAUAACAUUGAAGGGAGGCCGUGGAAAUCUGUAUCUUUACUACAUUCCAAGAAGAGACAUAAAAAGCUUAUAUUUCAAUAUCUAUGUAUCUUUUAAGUCCGUGAAUUUCCCAGUGCGCAAACAAGUUAUUUGCCGAGGAUCUGACGAUGAUUAUUCUUUUUGCAGAGCUCUGAAGGGAGGCUCCGGACGUGCAGGCUCGGUGGCUAUGACUCAUGGGCCUAGCCCCUCCGCGGCAUGUGGGAUCUUCCUGGACCGGGGCACGAACCCGUGUCCCCUGCAUCAGGAGGCGGACUCUCAACCACUGCGCCACCAGGGAAGCCCUAAUUAUUUUCUUUUUAAAAAUUAAUUUAUUUAAUUAUUUGACCAGAUAAUCCAUGUGGUUUAAAAAUCAGAGUAUAAAUGUUACAUAAUGAAACAUCUCCCUUAGUGGGUGUGCCCUGGUUUACUUAACUAUUUUCCUAUUAGACACUUAGUCUUCUUCUGAUAUUUUUACUAUUAUAAAUAAUAUUAUAAUGCAUAUAUAAAUAUUCUCAUAUUUUAGAUUUGAAUAUUCUCAUGUUUGGAAGAAGGAGUUAACACAUAACUCCAAGGGAGAUUCCUGAGCUUAAAUGGUUUGAAUCUAUGUGGUUUUGUUUACAUAAGGCUGAAUUACUUUUCUGAAAGAUUGUAUCAGUUUAUACAUUGUACCACUGGCAAUAUAUACGUAUAGUAGUUUAAUCUCUGUCUUGUUA